UCCUUUGCAUUCAUUCUCGAAAAAUACAGAGAACCAAACAAUGGAGAAGAAUAAAGGAACAAUUCUCUUCUUCCCAUUCAUGGCACAAGGCCAUAUUAUACCUUUCUUAACCUUAGCUUUCAAAUUAGAACAAAAAAAUUACAACAUAAUUUUUGUAAACACACCACUCAAUAUCAAGAAACUCAAAUCAUCUCUACCUUUAAAUUCCAAAAUUUCUCUUCUUGAAAUUCCAUUCAAUAGUUCUCAACAUGGUUUACCUCCAAAUACUGAAAAUACUGAUUCACUUCCUUAUAAACUUACUUUACAUUUUACAACAAUUUCCUCUUGUCUUGAACCUUCAUUUAGAAAUCUUGUUUCUAAUCUUAUUGAAAAACCACUAUGUAUUAUGUCAGACUUUUUUUUUGGUUGGUCAGCAAAUAUAGCUCAUGAAUUUGGUAUAUUUCAUGUUAUUUUUAGUGGGGCUAGUGGUUUUGGUUUGGCAUGUUAUUAUUCUAUGUGGCUAAAUUUACCACAUAAAAAAACAAGAAAUUUUGAGUUUACUAUGUCUGAUUUUCAAGAAGCUGGAAAUCUUGAAAUUAGUCAAUUAAGUCCAAGUUUAUUAGCAGCUGAUUCUAAUGAUCCUUAUACAAAUUUCAACUGGAAAAAUCUUCACAAUUGGAUGAACUCUGAUGGGAUUAUUUUCAAUACAGUUGAAGAAUUAGACAAGCUUGGAUUAACGUAUUUUCGUCGAAAAUUAAAACUACCAGUUUGGGCCAUUGGACCAAUACCUUGGCCAGUGAGUGGAAAAUCAAGAGCUGGUAAAGAAACAAAGGAAGAAACAGAGAAAUGCAUCAGAUUUCUUGAUGAAAAAGAACCAAAGUCAGUACUUUACAUUUCUUUUGGCUCACAAAGUACAAUUUCAGUAUCACAAAUGAUGGAAUUGGCAAAAGCAUUGGAUAAUGCUAGUGGAGUAAAUUUUAUAUGGGUUGUUAGACCCCCUUUGGGUUUUGACAUAAAUAUGGAGUUUAGACCUGAGGAAUGGUUGCCUGAGAGGUUUGUUCAACGCGUUUUCGACGAUCAAAAUCGGGGACUCAUAGUGCCAAAAUGGGCUCCUCAGGUUGAAAUCUUGGCUCACAAAUCGGUUGGAGCGUUCUUGACGCAUUGUGGAUGGAAUUCAGUGUUAGAAUCACUUGGAAAUGGAGUGCCAUUACUUGGUUGGCCUAUAGCAUCAGAGCAAUUCUACAAUUCAAAGUUUUUAGAACAAGAUGUUGGUGUUUGUGUUGAGGUGGCUAGAGGGAAUAAUUCUCAAGUUAAGCAUGAGAAUAUAUUGGAAAAGAUUGAGUUGGUUAUGGGGGAAAAUGAUAAAGGGAAAGAAAUUAGAAGGAACGCUAUUGAAGUUAAAGAAAUAAUAGGAGAUGCUAUUAUAGAUAAUGAAGAUUUUAAAGGGUCUUCUAUUAAAGCAAUGGAAGAUUUUCUAAAUGCAGCUUUGUCUAUGAAGAAAAUGUCUAAUGGUGUGAGGACAAGUCAAGAAGACAAUAUGAAGAAGAUGUCAAAUGAUGUAAGGAUUAAUGGAAAUAUGUUGAAAAGCCAAUAAGAUAAUUUUUCUAGUUAGAUGGUGGUAAUCAUAUAUAGAAAAUAAACAAAAAAGAAAGAAAAUAAGAAAAUAUUAGAUGAAAGUGCAUGUUUGCUAGUGUGUGUGUAAAAAAUAAUAUACGAAAAUUUGUGCUACUUUGUGUUUAUUGUGUAUAUUAGUGUA